AAACUUUGACCGUUUGAAGCUUGCGAUAGUGCACAGAGCCGAAGUCUUCACAGUUCGCACGAGUCACGACAGAUGCAGUGAAAGAGUGAGACGACGAGGCAAUAAAUUGGGAAUUCGCAUCAUGUCUUGUUCCAAAAAGAGUGAGAAGCGAAAUCUUCCCUUAUGGACGAGUUCAAAAGAGAACGCUGGUAAAAGCAAUACUGCCAGGAGUAUCCCUUCAUCGGAAGUUGAACAACGUAAAAAACAAGCUGCUUCUAGUUCAAGUACCACAGAUUUUUCCAAGCUUUUGGAAGGGGUUAUAUUUGUGUUAUCAGGUUUUAUUAAUCCUGAGCGAAGUACAUUGCGGUCGCAGGCACUUGCAAUGGGAGCUGAAUAUCAGCCUGAUUGGAACGAUGAUUGUACACUCUUGGUUUGUGCAUUUCAAGGCACCCCGAAGUUUCGGCAAGUUGAGGGCGAUUGUGGGACAAUUGUUUCAAAGGAUUGGAUAUCAAAGUGUUAUUCUAAAAAGAAGCUUGUAGAUAUUGAUAGCUACCUUAUGCAUGCUGGAAAGCCGUGGCGGAGAAGCAUUGUUUCCCAUGAGACACAUGAUCAAAAGGCUUCUGCUCCUAAAAUGAAUCGUAGGCAAGUGGAAACAGGGCCACAAUCAAAGUCAACUGCCUCUGCGUCCUCGAAGCAAGGUCAAGCUUCAGAUACUGUUACAGAGAGGUUUUCUCCUGAUAAAGUGAAGAAGUGGGCUAUCGAUGAUUUGAAUAAAACAAUUUAUUGGCUAGAGAGUCAAGAAGAGAAACCUGAGCCAAGUGAAAUUAAGCAAAUUGCUGCUGGAGGGAUCUUGACUUGUUUACAAGAUGCCAUUGUCUCUCUUGAACAAAAGCAGGAUGUCCGGCAAAUAAUGGAGCAGUGGAACUUCAUUCCUCGUGUGGUUGAGGAGCUAGUGAAGCUUGAGGCAACUGAAAAUGUUUUGGUUUUGGCCUCAAAAGAUGAUCUGUGCAAACAGGCUAAAGCCUGUAAACAAAUUUAUGAGGUGGAACUCGGGGUUAAAGAUGAUUAUUCUACAAAAACCUUAGCAAGUGAAGCAGCGGGAUAUGACAGCGAUGAAACAAUUGAGAUGACAGAGGAGGAAAUAGACCUUGCUUAUAACAAUGUAGCCUCCAAACUUUCAUAGAUAGCAAAUGAUUUCCCUUUUUAACUGGUCAUUUCAAAAAAAAAUUAAGUCCUCAAGGGGGCUCCUUUUUCACUAAUUUUAUAGUAGCUUUCACUUCCAUUGACGCUCGAGCAGAGCCUCCUGGCCUUGACCUAAAGACGGCAAGGCUUAUUUGGAUUCAGACAAUGGAAUCUAUGCUACUUAGGUAACAAUUUCAAGGUGGAUGUGCUUUGCA